AGUUUCAAGAUGGCGCCGGACAGUUGCUGCAAUGCCGACAGAUGAAGAGAAAAAAAAAACAGACGACACUGAGGAUUUAAAUAUAUAAAGACGAUUUUUUUUUUCCUCCCCCUGGAAACCAACUCGCCUCCUCGCCGGGGGACGCCGCGUUGCCGCAAAUGAGCGCGUCGUGCCCGAACAACGUCAGCUAGCCCCCUUCCGGCCUCCCCGGCUCGGGCGCCUACCAAGCGGCUAAGAUGCUAACGUCCUCCCGUUGCGCCGCUGGGCCGACCGGGAGGACCGGGCGGUCCGAGGGUCGAGCCGGCCGGCGGGCCUAAGGCUCAUGGCGUCGACGCGGGAGCUCGCCGGCUCUUUGGUCGUCGACGAGAACGAGGCGGCGGCUCGCAAAGGUCCCGUGACGCGGAAAGACGGGGACGACGAAGCGGCGAUGCUGGAGCUGGUGGAGCGGUGCCUCCGGGACCCCCGCGGCCUGAACGGAAGCGCCGAGUGGCGGUGUGAGGGCGGCGACGAGGAGGAGGAGGAGGCGGCGGGCGGGCGAGCGGGAGCAAAAGCUGUCAAACCCUCAAAAUGCGAUCAGCCCGGUGGCGACGUUGACCGACGCCGGACCCCAGAGAGCCUCGCCGCUUCGAGUUCCGACAGCGACGAAGUCGGCCCGCCGUGCUCGGGAAAAGCACCGGGGACGUUUACCGGCUCAGGAGCGCCAAACGCUUGCGGCGCGGACAGGGAACCGCCCACGGUCGUCAACGGAGGCUGUCGUUCCGCCGCCGAGGCCCGAAACGAUGGCGGCGGGCACGUCUGCGCGGGGCCCCCCGAGCCGGAGUCCCGGGACCCGUCGGCCUCCUCCGAGCUAAGCGACGACGCGUCGUUCUCGGAGGAGGACGGGCCCGCUCUGAUCGCCAGGCCUCCUACUUUAAGGACCGAACCGAACCUUUGUGUGUCACUCAGCUGCGACGCCACUCCGCUUUCCCCUACGGACUUCCGGGGGGGGUUUGAAACGGGCCGCCGCCAGAGCGCGCCUGAGGCGGACCUCCGGGCGCAGGCCAACUGCGACGAGACGGCUCUCGUCCCCAAGAAGUCGGGGAUUGUGCACUUCUUCACCAGGAACCUUUUCCCAAGGAGAGUCAAAGAGUCGGCGGUGGCGUCGACCCACAAUGCACCGGGGUGGCGACUUUUCGACAAGGCCCGAUCCAGCGCCAAAGAGGACAACGGAAAAGGAGGAGAGCCGCCCGCCGAGCAGAUGUCUCCCCAGCGCCCCCCGGCGGCGGGCAGGAGGAAAAACCUGGACUUUGAGCCUCUCUCCACCACGGCGCUCAUCCUGGAGGACCGCCCCCCGAACCUUCCCGCCAAAUCUGAGGAGGAGACGCAAAGGCACAAACUGGAAUAUGAGGCGAUGGUGGCCGGGGCCAAGAGGAGAGAGUUGAAGGACGCUCAGAAGAAGAAACGUCAGAUGAAGGAGAGACAUCGGCACGAGGACAGCAUCUCCAGCGCCAUGGUGGUGUGGAACACCCACAUCCUGCCGCACUGGGACGCCGUGAAGGCCACGCGCCGCGUUCGGGACUUGUGGUGGCAAGGCAUUCCCCCCAGCGUGCGAGGGCGGGUGUGGCGCCUCGCCAUCGGAAACGAGCUCAACAUCACGGCGGAGCUCUACGACAUCUUCCUGUGCCGCGCCAAAGAGAAAUGGAGGAGCUACAGCGAGACCAGCUCGGUCAACAACGACGGCGAGAGCGACUGCGGCGCCUCGCUGGCCGACAGGGAGUCCAGCCUGGACCUCAUCAAGCUCGACAUCUCCAGAACUUUCCCUUGGCUCUUCAUAUUCCAGAAGGGCGGUCCUUACCACGACGUCCUCCACAGCGUGCUGGGAGCGUACACGUGCUACCGGCCCGACAUCGGAUAUGUCCAGGGAAUGUCCUUCAUCGCCGCCGUCCUCAUCCUCAACCUGGAGGAGGCCGACGCCUUCGUCACCUUUGCCAACCUGCUCAACAAACCGUGCCAGAUGGCCUUCUUCCGCGUCGACCACGACCUGAUGCUGAAGUAUUUUGCCACGUUUGAAGUAUUCUUCGAGGAGAACCUGCCGCGCCUCUUCGUCCACUUCAAGACCAACAAGCUGACGCCGGACCUCUACUUGAUUGACUGGAUCUUCACGCUGUACAGCAAAUCUCUGCCGCUGGACGUGGCGUGCCGCGUGUGGGACGUGUUCUGCCGCGACGGCGAGGAGAGCCUGUUCAGGACGGGCUUGGGCAUCCUGCGCCUGUUCCAGGACGUCCUUCUGCAAAUGGACUUCAUCCACGUCGCGCAGUUCCUCAGCCGGCUGCCCGAAGACCUCCAGGCGCACGCUCUCUUCGCCGCCAUGGCCGCCACACACAUGAUGAGCCGGAACCGCCGCUGGGCCCAGGUGUUUUCCUCGCUGGCGAAGGACAAACCCAACGAGACCGCCGACCCGAGCGGCAGCCCCGCCCUCAGAGGCUAACGCCAGGAUUUUGUCUGGCGUGAUCCUCCUCCUCCUCCUCCUCCUCUUCUGUUCCUUCCAGCGUCACACCAGAAGCUCCUCAUUGGCGCUCAACAUUUUUUCAUCUUCCGCUCGGCUACGUCGCGCAUUUUGGGUGCAGCGUAGACUUUUGAAGGAAGUGAAGUCUCCUUUGUCGAUGUCACGUUGAAAACUGGACCCAGAAAAAACGGACACCAUCAAAGUGUUUUUGUUUUUGGAAGCCGCACUUGUGAGAUACGCUUCACACUUGGUUUCGUGCACGACAUCGGAAAGGUCCACUUUGCUGGCGUCGGGCCUCGCGGUUCUGAAAGAGUCAGUUCUCAGGAAAGCUGACGUGCAUCUUCAAAGAGCGCCGGGCCUUUUUUUAAGCAUUAAGUAAGCCGCAGAAAAAAAAUCAAAUCAGUCAAAUUCAUAAGGCAACCAUUUUCACCGUGGUGGAUUGUCUUGAGACCUAUUUUGGACUCAAAAUUGUCCGACAACUUCUCUCAGCUUUUCAUCGUGAUUUUUGUCCUCUAUGAAAGCAGACAGAUUGUCUUUGAAACCCUGUAAAAGAGGACCGGUACCAGGAACCAGAACCCAAACCGUGUGCGGAGGCGAGCCCGACGAUAUUUUGCUGGAACUUCUCGACUUCACACACCGGUUAAGGGGGUCACAUCCAACCUCGCUAGAGUCGGGUCUUUUUUUUUUUUGUUCUGGGGCACCAACCAAAACGUGUCAGUCGGUGUCGGACACCUGGGGGGGAAAAAAAAAAAAAAACCCACUAACUUGAAAGUUCCCAAAGUGCGAGAGAAACAAGCAGACAUGUUGCAGAGUCCCCAAAGCCGUCGCCAAGACUCCCGGGCCAACGAACAAACUCGAGGCCCAAAAUAGUUCAUCUUGUUACACUCCCGGCCAACAGGGGGCAGCAUUGUCGCCACAGAUGACUUGAACGUGUCACUUGGCUUGAUGAAGAGUUUGCACAUUUCAAUGAUGCAUUGAGAUAGAUUUGAUGUUUUAAAUGAAAAAAAAAAUAUGGAUUCGUGUUACAACAAUUGAUUUAAUUUAAAUUUUGUUUUCUCCAUCAUGAAGGUGGUUGUUUUAUUGUAAAAUUUGUAUGUACAGUUUUUCCUCAAAGUUACAGGGGAUGUAAAUAUUUUUUUAAGGAAAAAAAAAAAGCUUUUCAUAAAUUGUCACUAGUUAAACAUGUAAAUAAAGUAUCACCGCAAACUGAAAAAGGGUUGAUAUUGUGUAUUAAAAUGAAGGAAGUCGGGUUCCAACAUUUGGCCACCAGAGGGCGACCAAGACACACGACCGG